UCCUAUAAAUGCAUAAAAAUCUACAGUGUAGUGAAAAGAUAUGUAUGCCCAGAUUGUAUAAUAUGCAUAAACUUCUAUAUGCACAACUUUAAAAAAAAUGAUUUUCGCGCCUUAAAACUAAUAUUUUUGGACUUUUGGUAAAAAAUUAUCAUAUGUUAUCAAAGAGAAAUCACAAAUUUGGUGUAGCCCAAAAUUAAGUUAGUUCUUUUUGCCAAACAAGGAUUAUGGAAAGAUAAAUUCAAACAAGUAGAAAAUGCUGAAUGGUGGGGUUAUAGAUCUACCGCGCAGACGCGGCGCAACUUUCGAUUGCAUUCCAUCUUAUAAUAACCGCGGUUUCGCAAAUUUAUAUUCAGUAAUGCGCAGAUUUAUAUUACAAAGCGGUAACUUAUAUCUGUUUUGAAAAUCUAUGUAAAAGGUAUUCGCUUUUUAGUUAGUCGGAGCCGGUAUGUUAUUGGAUCACGUUCGACAACACUUUCGUCUUCACAAGCAUCGAAAAAUUAAAAUCUCUAUGAUUAUCUAAUAGUAAAAAAGAAUUUUAAAUAAAAUACAGAAGAAAUAAAUUUAAUAUAUAAAUAUUUAAAAAAUCAGGCUAAUAAUAAAAAAUAAUUAUCUAAUAGACUAAGUUCAGUACGCAAAUGACUGUGUGGAAAAAAUUAUUUGGCAAGUAUCUUUUAGUGACCAACACUGUGAGUUGUGGUUUGAUGAUGGCGGCAGGGGAUGUCCUCCAACAACGCAAUGAAUAUUUGAGAAAGCAUAAAUGUUUACCUACUAGAACAUAUGUUAUGGCAGCGUCCCCACAUGCAGAACAAAAAUUUCAUAACUCAAAAGAUUCUGACAAAUAUAUGCACGAUUAUGUGAGGACUAAAAAUAUGACUAUUGUGGGUCUACUUCAAGGUCCUUUUCAUCACUGGUUCUAUAUGAUUUUGGAUAGGGUAGUUCCCGGGAAAACUGUACUCUCCGUUAUCAAAAAGACCUGUCUAGACCAAAGUAUAGCCAGUCCAACUUGUUUAGGAAUAUUUUUUAUUGGCCUUGGUCUUUUAGAACACCGCACUAUGGAGGAGAUUCGCGAAGAAAUGAAACUGAAAUUGUACGAUACGUGGAAGGUUGACUGUUGCUUUUGGCCUCCAACACAGUGCAUUAAUUUCUUAUUCGUACCCCUACACUAUAGGGUGCUCUAUAUCAAUUUUAUGACAAUGAUCUAUGACAUUUUUCUAUCAUACAUUAAAUAUGACGCGCAGUAUGAGGGAUAAACAUCUUAGAGCUAGUCUGUUGUACAGAUUAUAAAUAAUUAUAAUUUUUUUGCAUGAUUAUCCAUAACUUGCAAUAUAUAUAUAAUUUUAUUAUUAUUUUAUAAUAUAUAUAUAUAUUUAUAUAUAUAUUUUUAAAUAUAUGUUACCACCGAAUAAUACAAAAAUUAUCAUAUAGAAUGUAUAAUACUCGACACGAAAGGAAUGUUAUUGAAAAUAAAGAAACAUUUGUUUUUGUAUAAAAAGAAAA